UUUGCGCGUUUUGCGCUGAGACUCGGUGAGAGGAAGAGCUGAGCGUGUUUCCUGCUCCACGCACCGAGACGGAUCCACGGAAGGUUCCCCUCAGUAUAGUGAAGAAAAAUGGCGACGGUCACGCAGGAUGAAUGUGAAUGAAUGCCUCCCCUCGUAGAUGCUGCAAACGCGUUGAAUUUCUUUAGCCUUACCGCCGGCUUUCACUUCCACUCUGUUGCACUUUAUACUUAAAUGAGAGAUUUGGAUUUGGAAGCUGUUGCCACCAAAGAAACUGAAGCAUCUUAACAGGGAACACGCCCACAGAGGGAAGAACAGUGGAUGGAAGAGAGAGAGCGACGGAGAGAGUGAUAAGGACGGAGGAGAGGAAGAUACAGGACUGGACAUCAGUGCUGGAGCAGACCAAGUCAAGACAGAGUCCGUCUUCAACUGAACCACAUACCCCCCUUCCCCUUCCCCGCACACGACACCACACACACAAACACACACACCUACAAUCUUCAGCGAUGCCAAGGGCUCCUGAUCAGCCUGACAGGCCCCGCCCCUUCACCUUCGACCCUUGAGGCCCCGCUCUCUGAGCUUUGACCUUUGACCCCCCCCACCACCGCGUCAACCUGGGAACCAGAGGUCACCUGUUCUCCACUCAGCCCGGGGACGCCUUCCUGCCCGGCCAGGAGCCGCUGCAGCCUCCACCACCACCAGCGGCGCUCACAGGCAUGGCUCCCAUUCGGGACUCCGUCAGUCACUCCCCUAAUCAGACAGGUCUGGAGCAUCCGGGCCUGGACUCGCAGUAUGAGCCUUCCCCCUGGUCCUCUGGCUCUCCCUGCAGCAGCGACGGAAACAGCAACUGGGGCAAAGUCUUAGUGGACAGCAGCGCCGACAAACCCGGCAACCCGUCUUCAACCAGCUCUUCCGUCUGGCCUCCCUCCUCCUCCUCGUUCUCGUGCUCCUCCUCUUCCUCCUCCUCCGGCUGCGGGUCAGGAUCCGACCCCGAGCUGGCGUCAGAAUGCAUGGACGCGGAUUCUAGCUCCUCCAUCGGCUCAGAGAAAAACCUCGCGACAACAGCGAUGAUGAUGUCAGCAAACGCUUCUUCCUCCGUGUCGUCCACGGCGUCUUCCCCGUCCUCCUCCUCCUCCUCCCUGGUGACGUCCGCCAUGAUGGUCGGCGUUUCCGUGAACGGAGACGGCAGCGGCCGCCCGGGGAUCGGCGGAGGAAUCGGAACCAUCGGCGGCGCAAACAACGGGAAUAAUAACGUCACCGGGCCGUCACACUACUCCGUGGUUGGGUCCAGCACUAUCGGCAGCAAUAACAUGAGCAACCACAACAACAAGGUUGUCGGUAACGGCGGCGUCUGGGGCGCCCAGGCGGGAAGCCCCCCCUGCAUCAACGGAGGGGUCAACCCAAACACUUUAAACCCAAAUGCCAACCACGGUGCCUGGCCUCAGAAUCCAACCCCGAGCUCGGCGUCCCAGGGCCAGCGGCCUCCACAGGCUCAGGGGACGGGUUCCAAACUGGGUAUGGCCCCCCAACAGGGCCCCCUGCUGGGCUGGGGUGGCAUGGCAGCUCCGGACAACAGCAGUAUGAUGGAAGACACUGAGGUGAAUAAUGGUACAUCAGGUGGGAAGGUGUUGGGAGGCAGCGGCAGUGGAAACGGAGGCCUGCAGCCUGGCAACCUUAACACUGAACCCAAUGGACCAAAUAACACUAUCAUGAUGAAUACUACUACUACUACUACUAACGCCACAAUGACCUCUAGCCCACCAAACUCUACCGCCUCGCCCCAGCUCACUGGGGAUCUUUCCUGGGGUUCCAUUGGAGGAGGGAAUGGGGGUACGCUGGCCAAUGGAAACCUCUCAUCAGCGCCCCAGCACCCCCAAGCAGAGCCGGGGGGUCCUGGGGCCUUCGGUACGCCUUGGGGCGCAGCUACCUACCCCGUAGACAAGGGCCCCCCAAACGCAGACACUGUGAACCCCCAAAUCUCCUCUGCUGCUGCUGCUUACAAGAGUAAUAAUAACCACAAUAACACUGGGGCCCCGCACUGGGACCAGGGGCCCAACAAUAACCCAAACCAGCCCCAGAGCAACUCGCCCUGGGGCUCGAGUCAAGUCCCAGGCUCUGGAGGCCCGACGCCAGGAAAUGGGAACCAAACUACAAUGGGCUCUGCAGCGGGGAUCCCCCGCCCCUGGGGGAGCAGCGCGUCCUCCUCCUCGUCCUCCUCGUCCUCCUCGUCUUCCUCCGCAUCCAUCAACAAGGUGUCGAACGGAGACUGGGGCUCGGCGGCUCCCGGCAGCAACCACCCCGAGGCUGGAAGUCAUAAAGGAAGCGCCGCCAACAAUGGCUGGAAGAGCCUGGAGGAUGACGCCAUGGGAGGAGUGGGAGGAGCUGGGGGAAGUCACGGCCUGGCGAGCGUCACCGGAGGCUGGGGUCGCUCCGGGGGCAGCGAAGGGAGCGGCGAGAGCUCCGGGGGCCGUUCCAGCUCCGACGGAAACCAGUCCAAAGGGGGGAACCGCAGGAAAGUGGUUCCUGCCUCAGUACUAUCAGCUGUGACUCGCACCGACGUGGACCCCAGGGUUCUGUCCAACACUGGAUGGGGACAGACGCCCAUACGGCAGAACACGGCCUGGGACGUCAACUCUCCUGCUAACAAACAGCACCAGGGGCCCAGAGACGAACGGAAGCCCAGCGCCGGAGGCUCCGGCUGGGGCAGCGCGGCACCGGCAGCGCCCUCCCAGAACCACGGGGGCUGGGGGGGUGGGCCAAGCAGCUCGGGCCCAGAAUCAGGAGGCUCCGGCUGGGGACAGACCUCUGGAUGGGACAACAAGCCCAGCGGAGGAGGAGGAGCAGGAGGAGGUCAGAGUGGUUGGGACGAUGGAUCCAGCUACAAGGGCAACAACAGCAACACCUGGAGCAACAAAGACGACAGGUCCAGUACCUGGACCAACGCACCCAAACCACAGCAGAGCUGGGGCUCCCACGGUGGAAACGGAGGCGAAUCCUGGGGGGACGGGGGCCGAGCAGGAGCCAGCAACCACUGGGGGGAGUCCCAGAAGAACUCCGGCUCCGCGGGCUGGGACAGCGACAGCGACCGGUCCGGCUCUGGAUGGAGCGAGCCGAGCAGAACCAACACCAGCAGCAGCAACACGUGGGUGGGGAGCGGAGGAUCAAAUACUCCAGACCAGAGCACUCCGAACCCCGGCUCCACCUGGGGGGACUCGGUCAACAAAGCCAACCCUCAGAGUCAGGGCUGGGGGGAGCCGAUGAAGAACAACCACGGAGCCCAGAACUGGGGGGAGCCGGCUCCCAAACCCUCCAACGAGUGGGGGAAAGGGCCCGAAUCCACCAUGUCCAGAGGGAACCAGGGUCCCAGCAAACCCACAGGCUGGUUGGGAGGCCCGAUCCCCUCGGCCGGGCCGAAGGAGGAGGUGGCGACGGGUUGGGAGGAACCGUCUCCAGAGUCGAUCCGUCGGAGGAUGGAGAUCGACGACGGGACCGCGGCCUGGGGAGACCCCGGUAAAUACAGCGGUGGAGCCGUCAACAUGUGGAACCGGGCCGGACAGUCGGAGCAGGAGGCCCCGGGGGCCCAGCACCAGCCCCACCCGGCCCACGCCUCCAUGCCGCCCAUGCAGCACCUCAACCAGGACAAAAGCUGCACCUCUGGCUGGGUCGACGCCUUCCCUCAGAAGAAGGAGUCCUUGUCGUGGGGGGAGCCUCCUCCGACUCCUGCUGCCGCCGCCCCGCCCGUCACGGUGGACAACGGGACGUCUGCGUGGGGGAAGCCCAUGGACACCAGCUCCGGCUGGGCCGAGCCUAACAGGGACGGCCGCGAGGCUGCGUCCGCAUGGGGCGGCCAGCAGAGGCCGGGUAGGGGCAGGUCUCAGGAGCAGAAAGAGAACCCGCCUCACAGAACCGAACACAGUCGAUACUCAGUGUCUAACCCCUUGACAGCUGCAGGUCCCAAGCCCAUGGAGACAUGGUGUGGGGAGGAGGUGUCCAUGAGCAACAGCUGGGACCAGGAGGAGGAGGUGGAGAUCGGCAUGUGGAGCAACAGCCAGCAGGACAACCGCUCACAUGACCAGAACACCUGGAACUACAAACACAAAGGCUCCAACAAGAUGAACAAACCAGUCAACAAACAGGAUGAGCCCUGGAUGAAACCCUUCAUCAACCAGUUCAACAGCAUGAACUUCACUAGAGACUCUCCUGACGAGCCCAUGAAGUCUGGACCGGGGAUGGUCCAGGAUAAGAGGAUGGACAUGAGCAGCAUGGGAGACUUUAACGGAGUCAUGGGCAAGAACCCUGGACCCCGGCACCACAAGGAGUACGCCAUGGACCGCAGUCCUUACUACGAUAAGAAUGUAAACCCCAUGUUGGGUGGCAGCAGCGUAGCACAGGGCCGAGGCCCCCAGUCCCAGCCCCCACCUCAACCCUCUCUCCGUAACCAAGUGCCUCCACCCAUCCUGCCCUCUCAGGUCCCUCCAUCCCUGUUGAAGUACUCCGCGGCUAACGGGGGUCUGAACCCCCUGUUUGGACCCCAGCACGUGGCUGUGCUCAACCAACUCUCCCAACUCAACCAGCUCAACCAGCUGAGCCAGCUGACCCAGCUCAACCACUUACAGCGUCUCCUGCAACAACAGCAGAAAGUUCAGAACCAGAGAUCGAUUCCUGUCGGACGUCAGACGGAGCAGACGCGUCCCAUCGGUUCGUCUCCGUCGAUGAUGCAGCCGCCUCGACACCUGGACCCCUCCCUGCUGAAACAAGCCCCGCCCCUCAAACCCUACCUGGAGAACUACUUGUCCCACAAUUCCCCAGAGAUGCAGAAGGACGCCGUCGGGUCCUUCAGCAACUUCCCUUUAAGCUUGAACUCUAACCUGAAUGUAUCCCUGGACAUGGGAGGAGGAGGUGGAGGAGGAGCUGGGAGCUACAAGGAGCCCCCCCAGUCCAGACUGAAGAAGCUUUGGGCUACGGACCCUCUGGAGCAGAACAGCAAACCUGGUGCUACGAUGUCGUCUGGGCUGCGUCUGGAGGACCCCCCCUUCUACGACUUCCUGUCUCCUGGCCCCUCCCCCCUGAGCCCUCCCGGCCAAUCAAUGGGCUCGGUGGGGGACGGCUGGCCAACCCGUGCCAACUCCCCCCCUCCCCAUGGAAACACUGUCACCUGGCCCCCAGAGUUCCGGCCCGGGGAGCCUUGGAAAGGUUACCCCAACAUCGACCCUGAGACCGACCCCUUCGUGACCCCCGGCAGCGUCAUCAACAACCUCUCCAUCAACACCGUCCGCGACACAGACCACCUCAGGGACAGGAACAACGGGCCAUCCUCAUCACUGAACACCACGAUGCCUUCUAACAGUGCCUGGUCAUCCAUUCGUGCCUCCAGCCACAGCGGUUCCCUCACCAGUACAGCACAAAGCACUUCAGCCAGACCCAGUGAGUCUAAGUGGUCUCCAGGUGGCGGUUCUGUGUCCAACUCCUCUCUAGCCCAUGAGCUGUGGAAGGUGCCCCUGCCUCCGAAGGCGAUGUCUGUGGCGGCCCCCUCCAGACCACCGCCCGGCCUCGCCCCCCAGAAGCCCAGCCCGGCCUCCUCCGGCUGGGACGGCUCGGCCCUGACUGGAGGCCUGGGGGUGGCACACACGACGUCACACACACCAGGUUCCAGCUGGGGUGACAGCAGCAGCUCAGGGAGAACCCAGUGGCUUGUUCUGAAGAAUCUCACACCUCAGAUCGACGGCUCCACGCUGAGGACUCUGUGCAUGCAGCACGGCCCUCUGAUCACAUUCCACCUCAACCUGCCGCACGGGAACGCUGUGGUGUGCUACAGCUCCAAGGACGAGGCCGCCAAGGCCCAGAAGAGCCUGCACAUGUGUGUUUUGGGGAACACGACCAUUCUGGCUGAGUUCGCCAGCGAGGAGGAAAUCAACCGUUUCUUUGCACAAGGGCAGUCGCUGGCCACCCCCCCCUCCUCCGGCUGGCAGGCCAUCGGCUCGUCCCAGACCCGGAUGGACCAGUCCCUCCCGUGGAACGGCGGCGGCGGCGGCGCCGGCGGAGGGGGCGGCGACCUCCACGGCUCCUCCCUCUGGGGCGGGCCCAACUAUUCCAGUAGCCUGUGGGGGAACCCCGGCGGCUCGGAGGCCGGGGGCAUCGGCAGCCCUUCUCCAAUCAGCUCCUUCCUCCCCGUGGAUCACCUGACAGGUGGAGGGGACUCCAUGUGAGCCGCCGGCCAAUCAGCACGGCCGUAGGAGGGAGGUAGAGAAUUAUCAAUAAUCAGCAGAAGAAGAAGAAAAACAAAAAAAAAAACAACAAAAAAAACACGUAGAUCUAAAUGCAAUGGCACUAGUAGUCGGACUCUUUGUCACUUACAGAUAUUCAAAGCGGGGUCUCUGUGGAAAACAAGUUACGUUUCUCUCUCUGCACAUGUGUCCACUUUCUUUUAGCCCAAAAACAUAUCAGUCGAAUACUUGAAUCAUGCAGGCCAAUUCUAUAAUGUGAACGGAUGGAUAUUUGCUUCCAGGUAGUGCUCUUUCAGACCGAAACAAGCUUCAAUCGAGCUCAUUAUUAUUAUUAUUAUUAUUAUUAUUAUUAUUACAUAUAUUAUUUUUUUUGUUUCAUUCGUCAUGUUUAUUUGAAUUCCAAUUCUUUUUAUUUCUUUUUUUUUUGCAUUCGUUUGCUGACAAUGUUGGAGUUAUGAGCUUUUUUAACUUUGCACUGAAUGUGGUUUUUUCUCAGUAUAUAUAUAUAAAUAUAAAUAUAUAUAUAUAUAUAUAUAUAUAUAAUCUGCAAUAUUAGAGGGAGCAGCCAGUUUUUCCAGUGUAGCUGUUUACUCAUUGAGGUCCUUACCGUGUGUGUGUGUGUGUGUGUGUGUGUGUGUGUGUGUGUGUGUGUGUGUGUGUGUGUGUGUGUGUGUGUGUGUGUGUGUGCGCGCUCCUCUCUGCCUUGGCACGCCGACCUUACAGCGUUGUCGUGGAGAUCAAGAUCAACAGAUAGUUAACGAGUAAAAACAGGACGAUUAUCUGGUGAUGCUAAAAGUGACAUUAAAUUUAAAGUAUUGCACCGAUUUUAAAACUAAAGAACGUCGAGCUCUGCAGUGCAAAGGACUGUAGCCGCUAGCCCGCCGCCCCCCACGCCCUCCCACCCAAUAAGGGACUAUGUGGUCGGGGGGGGGGGGGAGGAGUGUGGGAGGGGGAGGAACCUAUCUAGCAAGCGUCCCCCCUUCCCUCCCUGUUGCGCCCCCCCCUGGGCGGAGGGAGGAACAGCACUUUCAGAAAAAGGCUUUCAAAUGUUUUGGAGGUGCCACACUGCGACCUCUUGUUUACAAGACUUAGGAGGUGGAACGUGUGUUCAUUCUUCAUUUAAAGAGAAGAUAAUUAAAAAAAAAAAUAAAAAAAAAAUAAAAAAAUAUUAAAAUUAUAAAAUAAAUGUUUUAAAAAAAAUCAUAAAAAUGAGAAAAACCCAUAAAAAUCAACUCUUAUCGAGGAUGAAGACGAUGAUGCUUUGUAACUCUGGGAAUUCGGAUCAGUGUUUUUUUUUUGUUUUUUUUUGGCCAUGGCGUUGGUUAUUUGAACUAUUCCUCUUUGUCUGCUAAAUAACCAGCAAUGGUUCUCAGGAAAUCAAGCCAGUCCCCCCCCCAGCCCCACCCCCCCCUUCGUAGUGGAAUUAAAAAUAAAAGUAUAUAAACUACUACUACUCCUUGUAGGAAAAGGAAAAUCCAACUUCUAGCACUGAAACUUGUGUAUAGGUUUGUUUUCUCUGCCAAAUAACUGCUUUAAGCUGGAGAAGCUCGACACACUGCUUUCAAUAUGCUGUUUAUGACUGAGGAAGAGGAGGGAGGGGGGGCCUUCCUCCCGCUCCUCCUCCUCUUCCUCGCCUCCGCUGUGUAAUAAUAAUCAGAGGAGUUUGUUGUGAGUCUGUAUCUAUGCAUACUGUAGCCUCACAUCCACCGGCCUGCUGGGAGGAGGCGUCCUCUUCUUCUUCUUUCACCACAAACCGCUCUCAUUGCCACAAAAGCUGUUUAUUUUAUUUUCUUUUUUGGAAAAAUCUGAAAAAAGAAAAAAAAAAGAGGCGUUGUUUUUCUUGAAGAUAUUUUAACAGUCGUCCACAUUUCAUUGCCUUGAUCCUAAUAAUGUGUCCGAAGAUGCAACAACAAGUCAAAGUGGCUUCUACCUGUUUACAAUAGAAAAUGAUUGUAUUGUUGUACUGUUUGUUUUCCUGGUGGGACGGGGUGGGGGGGGGGGGUCAUGUGAAGUCAGUGUGUGUCUGUGUGUGAAUGUAAAGGAGGCGGGGGGGCGCUAGAGAAGCCGUGAAUGUCUGAGUGAGUGAAUAUUUAACCUGGAGUAUUAGAUGUGUGCCAGUAUUGAUCUCUACCAAAAAAUAAUUUAAUCAGACUAAAACUUUAGUUUACUUAUUCCACAUCUGCUUAAACCACACACACACACGCACACACACAUCUGUACAUCUAUACACACAUCUGUAGAAAUGUGGGCGGAGCCUCCAUCACCUCCCGUAGGAGGCUGUUGCCAUAGCGAUGACUGAAAGGAUGCUGCUCGCGUGUGAUUGGCUGGUCCAGGACCUGCCCCCUUCUCCCUCCUCUUCCUCCUGGAUCACGUGAUCUGGAAUGAGUUAAUCACCUGGUUCCAGUUCAUCAGGGUCCUGGACCAGGUCCUGGACCAGGUCUCGGACGUGAGCAGCGUCCUUGUUGUUGUUGUUUGUUGUUUGUUGUUGAGUUGAAGCCAAAUGAUGGAGGGAAGGGAUUUUAUCUUUGUGUUUAACGCUGGACGAUGUUUAAAAGCUUGAAGUAAAAAAAAAUAAAUAAAUAAAAAAAAAGAUGUGAGAAAAACCACGACGAGCAACGUACAAUCCGACAGGGUCAGAGGAGGAGGAGGGGGGAGGAGGGGGAGGAAUGGGGGGGAGGAGGGGGAGGAGGGGUGGGGGGGCUGGUGAUACUCUACUACUUUUUAAUAUUUAAAACAAAUAAUGUGACUGUGUGUUUUCUCCUCUUAACUUUAUCCUGUGAGUUUAAAGCUAGAUUAUAUCCUAACGCCCCCUCCCUCCCUACGCCCCCCCCCCACCCCCCCAGAGCACCGAGGCUUUUAUUAUUUUUAUUUUGACAGAAAAACACAAAAAAAGACAAAAAAAACUAAAAAUAGAAAAAAAAAACAGAGAAAAACUGUGAGAUCUGCUGUCUUCUGUUUCAGUGAGAACACAAACUGAAAAGCUUUAGUCGAACCAGCACAAAGAUGAUGAUGAUAAUAGGGAGGGAGGGAGGGAGGGGGGGGGGGGGGGGUAUCGGGGUUAUUGCGAUGGGGGGGGGUCGCUCAGAGAGACUAUGCAGUGGAGCGUCGGACCCAGGCUUCCACGUCCUCCUCCGAGUUUCUGCUUUUUUUAUUUUUUUCCUUUGGUUCCUCAAACGUGUCGUGCCAUCGUCUCGGUCCUCGCACCACAGAAGAAGUUAGAAAAUAAAAAUACAAACCUCUGUUACCUAGCAACCGUCGGUCAGGCCAGUCGUAGCGGGGGGGUGGGGGCGGGGAGGGAGGGAGGGGGGGCAGGUUUCCACGGCUAAAAACACACAAAAACUAAAGGUUUUCUAGAGAAUCACCGAGGAAACUCUGAUAUGCACAUGAUGAAUAUAUAUUAUAUACCAGAAUAUAAAUGUCUAUUCCUCUCACUGACUUCGUAUUAAAAGAAAGAAAGCAAGCAGGAAGUUUUAUUUUCACACGUCUUCCUCGGCUCAUCUACAGGAUUUUAACUGAAACUCGGUGGAAUCUGCACUUUUUUUGAAGGACAAUCUUUAUUUGUAGAAAAAUAAUGGACGGCGUAGAAAACCAACUCCAGUUUGCUCUAACCAUGAAUGUCUCCUCUGACGAUCUCUGUCCAUGUGUUUGCUUUCAUUUAAUCUUUUUAUUCUUCCUUUCUGUUGCUUGGUUUGUUCUGUAUUAUUUUUAGUGCUCUUAAAAGAACCUGUAGUAGUUGUAGGUCUUCUGUUGGCUGUACUCGUAAACUGAUUACUGUUUGUAACCCUGCGGCCGGACGCCGCCAGACGAAGCUGUAUAACUUGGGUACAACCCUCAAUAAAAGACUAACAGUGACCGA